CAGUGUUGCUACUCGCGCAGAGAGCAGAGAACGCCCCACGCGCCCGGGUGCCGCCGCUUCCUGUGGGAUGGGGAGUGGUAGUGGUGUCACUCGCUGGAGGACGAACACACGCCCGAGAAUCUCACACCACCCCGACCAGUAACUUUCGAAGAUGUCGUCUGCCUUGUGCGUGAUUUGCGGCGCGCCGGCGCCGCUCAAGUGCUCGGCGUGCAAGUCGGUGGCGUACUGCGCGAAGGAGCACCAGAAGCAGCACUGGAAAACACACAAGACGGCGUGUCGACCGUUUGAGGUCGACACGUCGCCGGAGUUGGGGCGCCACUUGGUCGCGACGCGGGACGUCGCCGCCGACGCCGUCCUGCUGACGGAGGCCCCGCUGGUCGCGGGGCCGCGGCACCACGACAACCCGCGCGGGCCGUGCUUGGGCUGCCUGCAGCCGCUGCCCGCGGACGUGGCCGCGGACGCGCAGGCCAUGUGCCCGGGCUGCCUGUGGCCGGCCUGCUCCGCCGACUGCCCCGGCCUGCGCGACGCGCUCAGCCACCUGGCCGAGUGCCGCGUGCUGCAGGCGGGCCGGCACGUCGUGCUGCAGGACGACUUGCGCUACGACGCGCUGCUGCCGCUGCGCUGCCUGCUGCUGCAGAAGACCAGCCCCGCCAAGUGGCGCACGCUGCAGGCCAUGGACGCCAACAUGGCUGCCCGCGGUCCCGGGACACUUGUGCACCAGGAGACGCAGGACCGCGUCGUGACCUACCUGCGGGAGAACUUCCUCCGCCCGCUGUCCGUCAUCAUGUCCGGCUCCAGGGCGACCCCGGACCGCGUAGAAGGGCUGCUGGAGGACUGCUCCGAGUCGACGCUGCACCGCAUCGUCGGCGUCUUGGACGUCAACGCCCUCGAGAUUUCAUCCGGUCUCACCGACAUCUCUGCCCUGUACCCCACGGCCUACCUCAUGGAGCACAGCUGUGUCCCCAACACGAGGCACUCCUUCACGAGGAGCGCAUCUUCCGAAGAGCACGACGCGCGCUUCAGAAUCACUCUGCGGUCUGCCACCGACAUCAAGAAGGGCGAGCACAUCUCCACCAUGUACACGCACAUGCUGUGGGGCACGAUGGCUCGCCGCGAGCACCUGCUGGCCGUGAAGGGCUUCCCCUGCCGCUGCCGGCGCUGCGCCGACCCCCGCGAGCUGGGCUCGCUGCUCAGCGCGCUGCGGUGCCUGGCCUGCGGCGCCGGCAACCUGCUGCCGUCGGACCCGCUCGACGACAACGCCGACUGGCGCUGCGACGCCUGCGGGGCGCCCCUCGCCGCCGAGCACGUCAUCCAGGUGGUGUCGUCCCUCGACGAGCAGGUUGGUCAGGCCAUGGAGGGCGCGGGCGGCGCGGACGCCCUGGAGGGCACGGUGGCCAAGCUGGAGAAGCUCCUGCACCCGCACCACUACCACUGCCUGCAGGUCAAGCACUCCCUCCUCCAGCUGUACGGCGGCCAGCUGGAGAUGAGCCGUCUGAGCGCCCAGCAGCUGCAGCGUAAAGCAUCACUCAGCCGAGAGGUGCUGGGCGUGCUGCUGCAGCUGGACCCGCCGCUCGCCCGCCUGCAGCUGUACGCCGCCGUGUGCCUGCUCGAGCUGCAGCGCGCCGACCUGGAGGCCCUCAAGCGCGCCCAGGGCGAGGCCGGCACCGGCACCGCCGCGAACACCCGCGCCGCGCUGCAGGACAUGAGGGCCCUGCUGCAGCGCGCCACGCACGCGCUGCGCUUCGAGACGGCCGACGAGGGCGCGAGGAUGGUGGACGCGAUCAAGACCGCCCAGCAAGAGAUGGAGGUCUGGGCGCGCGUCAACAAGGUGGCGUGAAGACGGGGGCAAAGGAUCUCGAGGGAGAAGAUUGGUCUAAUAGACUGAAUGUGUUCACGUCCAAGAGAAGAGAGCUGUUAAAGUUAUAAUUUUUUAACUUCAGUCUUUUCAUAUUAAGAGCUUUGGUUUCAGUAUACAGUAGGUUUAUUUUUUAAAACACAAAAAACUGACAAUGUUUAACUAAGACCGGAAUGAAAUUUUUAAAAAUCAUUGGUGUACUGUUGGAAAUAAAAUAAAAUAAAUUCUAAGUUCACAUAGUGUCGGUGAGAUAAAGUUUUAAGGAGCUCAAUGUCAGUAAGUGUAUCCCUUUUUUUAUUUGUUGAAUAAAACUUUGAUUUCCCAUUGAAA